AUGAGUGUUGAAGUGUACAGAGAGCCUAACUCAGUGAUCUUCUUUACAGAAGAGCCUGACGGAUUAACAAAGCUGACGAGUGUGAUCCUGGGUGGUGUGACUCUUUUCCUCAUCAUGGUCAUUAUUGGUCUAGUUGUUCGAAUCAAACAGCUUCAGAGAGUGUCUGAGUCUCAGACUGUGGAGGUCCAGUCUGGUGAAGACGUCACUCUGCUGUGCUCCAGCACCUCCACAGCUCCAACUCACACAUUUUGGUCCAAACUUUAUAACAAAACCAAGAUCAGCUGUAUCUCUUCUAUGUACGGCUCUGAAGGCGAGGCUUCAUUCUGUGAUGGAUUUCAAAAUGGCAAAUAUGAAAUGAGCUCCAACAUCUCCACAAUCUCUCUUAAAAUCAAACAAGUGGAUGUAUCUGACUCUGGACUGUAUCUCUGUGGAUUUUACAUGAGUAGACACACAAGACUUACUGUGACAGAUUUAAAUGUUCAAGGCAGUGAUGAACCUCGUGACCAUGUUGACGGCGAGUGUACGAAAGAACCUGAUGGAAUAGCAAAGCUGACAAGUAUGAUCCUCGGUGCUGUGACUGUUUUCCUUGUCAUGGUCGUCAUUGGUCUGGCUGUUAAGACAGCCGCUGAUGAAAACCAGAAUCCACAGAGAAACAAGAACCUGGACUCUGGUGACUUGAAGGAUGCAGCACUGAGUUUGUAUUCACCAACAAUAAGAAACAGGAGGCCUGCAUCAGAGAGAGAAGAGGAGACUCAUGUUAUUUACACUGCCAGCAGAUAGACUCAGAGUGGAACUGAUGCUUUUAUCAUGUUCAUGUGCUGCUGUGGUUUUG